GUUCCCGCAUGAGAACGCCGUGGGUUGUGGCUGCCUACUGGCCAUCCCCUCCACUUCCCUUGCCCUCGCCGUGCUCCACCAUGGCAAAACCGACUCGUUUUAUUGAGCAGAACAUGCUUGAUGUGUACUAUCCAAAGAUUUUUCUCCAAAAUAUCCUUGAAACAGAGCUCUCAGAUGCACUUCUUGAUUUAUUCCUUGAGGGAACACCUGCGCCUCGCUCCCUCGGUGUCGCCGCCGCCUACACAGAGAAAGGAAAGCUCGCCGUACUGGCGAUCGCUGCAGGAAAACAAGUCGUGCUCAUUGAGUUUCGAUCGAGCACAAAUGAACACACCAUCGUGGCUCGACAACUCCUCCAGGAUCGACUCUUGUGCUCUGAAUAUAACACCGUUUAUGCCUUCGAUAUCGCUCCGAUAGCUCUUGCGCUCUUCGCCGAUCGUGGCGUCCGUCUGAUCAAUGGCGUCGACUUUCAGAGCGUAUGUCCCGGGGGGAGUUCUAACCGUGACCCCGCGAUAGCGAUCGAAUCGCUCAUGACCACAGAACGAUCAUCCACUUUCCACCCUCGCAACACUCGUGCCAUCUUCGCAGAGAGUUUGUGGGAUACGUCGAACCGGAACUGCGAGACAUUCCUCGCUCUGCGCGCCUGGUCGGCGAGCUUCUUUGCGAAGCUCGACGGCGACGCGGAGGAGAAAUUCCGAGGCGUACCUCGGGUCAAUACAAUGAAUAUCUCAGAUCUGGUAUGUUUCCUAUCUGUCUUUUUAGUGUUCAGCUUAGGUUUAUGUACGUUGACAUUGCAGGACCUGCAAGUCCUUGCAAAACAAUCGCGAGGCGAUCAGCGGCUCGACGGUCAGAAGAACCCCGCAGUCAAACACGACUUCGUCAAGCCUCGUAUUAUGGAUGAAAAUGGACGUAAGGCGAAAGUAAUUCUCACGCGAUUUCAAACACGCAUGCUGCGUCCUCAGUCCGGAAGCCACCUAUGUCUUCUACUGCAGAAUGAGCGAGGAGAACAAUAUGAAGUACAUGGACGAAUCUCUGACGUAUCUGGACAACAGGCAACAAUUGAACUGCGCAAUCCCCAUAACUUCUUUGCCAAGGAGAUCCUCUCCAUCACCUCAGUAGGUCAAAAUGGACCAACCUCAGCUGAUCUUGCAAAUGCUUCAAAGGUCCUUGAAAUACUGCAGGGCAAAUACACCCUCUCUACAAACCCUUUCUUGCAGACCAUCUGGCCUGUCCCUGAUCAAGAAGUGGAGUGGCCUUCUACAUUUCACUGUUUUCAUGCUCCACCUAUUCUCUCUACUCCCCAUCACUCUCUCAAUGAAUCCCAGGAACAGGCUGUUCUCCAUAUGCUCUCACAGACAAAUGAUAGGCACAUCUCCAUUAUUCAAGGUCCUCCAGGAACAGGCAAGACUAGUGUCAUAGCUACCUAUGUUCUCUCUGCAACUGCAGCUGGUCAAGGGGGUAUUUGGCUUGUUGCACAGUCAAAUGUUGCUGUUAAAAACAUUGCAGAGAAACUUAUUGCUGUUGGUUUUGACAAUUGGAAGCUGUUGGUAUCCAGGGACUUUCAAGAGGACUGGCAUGAACAUCUCUAUCACAGAAUAGCAAGAAAUGUUAUUCGCUCAGACCAGUUUUAUCAAGGCUGCAAGGAUCUGGCAGGUUGUCGAGUCAUUCUUUGCACACUCAGCAUGCUUUCACACCCUCGCAUUACACUCUUCACCUCCCCAAUUCCAAUCAGAUCACUUGUUGUGGAUGAGGCCUCACAAAUCAAUGUCUCUCAAUAUAUGCACCCUCUUUCCACAUUCCCAACCAUUCAUAAGCUCUGUUUCAUUGGUGAUGAUAAGCAAUUGCCUCCUUAUGGACAAGAAGAGAUUGAAGAAAUUCAAAGUAUCUUUGAGGUCAUUCACCUCAGAUCUACAGCCCUCUUUCUUGAUAUGCAGUACAGGAUGCCUUCACAAAUUGGCAACUUCAUCUCUGAUGCUGUCUAUGAUGGACAACUCAGAUCCAAUCCUGAACACCCCAAUGCCAAUGACUUUUCUGCAUUCUUUAUUCAUGUCAAGGACAGCACUGAACUUCAACAUGGUACCAGCUAUCAGAACCCUGCUGAGAUAGCAACCAUCAUCAAGAUAGCUAGAAAGCUUCAGGAGGAUGGUGAAUCCUUCAAGAUCAUCACUCCAUAUGAAGCUCAGAAAUCCAUGCUUGAGAAUGGUCUCAGAGGUGCUGGCUUAGUCUGGCAGAACAAAUGUUUUGCUGUUGACUCUUUUCAAGGCAAUGAGGAAGAUGUCAUUGUCCUCUCUUUGGUUCGCACCAAAGAACUUGGCUUCCUUCAAGACCUGCGCAGAACCAAUGUCAUGCUUACCAGAUGCAAGAAAUUCCUAUUUACUGUCUCCAGCUGGGACUUUCUUGUCAAUGGUCCUGGUGCCAAUUCUCUUGUUGGUAGGAUGGCUGCUUCAUGUGGUGAUGAUUCUUGGAUUUGGCCAGAUGAUAUUGACUCUGGCAACUAUUAGGCAUUAGCACCAUCAACUUGUACAUAUAGGAUGGGGCAUAUUGACAGUCAGUCAUUGGUGAAACAGCCAAUUGAAUGGCUGUCCUUCAAAGGGCCUUAGCCAUUCAAUUGGCUGCUUUGACAGGGGUUGGCUUUCAAUGUGUCCCAUUCACUGAUUCCCUUAAAUUGUCCUGCCAUAGCUAAACAUCUGUCUCAGUGUGGAGUGAUGAAGUGGAUAUGCAGUAGUAGUAUCUACAAUCAUGCUGUACUGGUCCUAUGCUUCUAUAUGAUACAUGUAUUGAAUAUAUGUCAGAGAUGUGACUUUAGUGGAGCUGAGCAAAGCUCCUUCAUGUCUAGC